AUGUACGACUGGUUGACGGGCGUCAACAGUGGCAAGUCGAUUGAUAUAAUAUAUUUUGACUUGACAAAAGCGUUCGACAAGGUUUGCCACGAUAAAUUAAUUAGCAAGCUGAAGUUGAUCGGGAUUCAAGGGAGACUACUAGAAUGGCUGAAAUCGUAUCUGAGGGAUAGUUCAAGUGGUGUGCCACAAGGAGGAGCACUUUCACCAUUACUGUUCUUGAUUUACACAUUGGACCUGCCAAAAGUCUCAAGGUUCAUCCCAGUAUUGAGGUUAAAAUGUUUGCUGAUGAUAUCAGAAUCUAUUGUGUUUACGACAGUCAUGAGCAACCAGAAAGACACAAAUGCUAAGCUUAUCCAUCGAGAGUUGGUCCACAGACUGGGAACUCCCCCUCAAUUUGGAAAAAACUGUACAUCUCCAUCUGGGACCCUGCCCACCCAUCCCGUAUCAAAAUGCUCUGUCAAGGACCUGGGGAUUCUUUUUGAUGUACGGCUGGCAUUUGAUGAGCACAUUGAGAUGGUCGUGAAAAAGGCCAUUAGGUGUCUUUUCCUGGUAUUAAGGAAUGUGCAAUGUAAUGACCCCAGUCUCCUUGUCAGGCUAUACAACAUUUACAUCCGGCCUCAUCUAGAGUAUGGAUCCAUUGUGUGGAGUCCCUGGAUGAAAAAACACGAGAACAGGUUGGAAAGAGUGCAAAAAACGUUUACAAGGCUCGCGUUCUAC